AGGAAGGGGCUGCCUGUGCCCGCAAAGGCACAGGGGAGGGAAGAGGGAGGACGGGAAGGUGUCGCAAUCCCCAGGCCCCCGGCCUGUCAUUAAUGACAGGGCUGGGGAAAGAAGCCCGACUGUGGCCCAUUUCAGGAACUUGCCUUGAAGAGUGGAGAGCAGGAGGCCAGGCACGCCUGCCACGGGCUCCAGCAUGGGGAGACUGAGACUCGGAAGAGUGAAGUAACUUGUCCAAGGUCACAAAGCUGGUGAGCACCAAGUUGGCGCUAUGGCAGGGCUGGAAGCCUGCACCCUGACCAAAGUUGCCCUGAUCAUCCUGCUGCUGCCCGGAAGCUGGGAGGAGUGUGGGCACAUCAGCCUCUCGGCCCCCAUUGUCCACCUGGGGGACCCCAUCACAGCCUCCUGCAUUAUCAGCCAGAACUGCAGCUUCCUGGACCCGGAACCACAGAUUCUCUGGAAAUUGGGAGCAGAGCAGCAGCCUGGGGGGAGGCAGCAGCGCCUGCCUGAUGGAACCCAGAAGUCCACCAUCACCCUGGCCCACCUCAACCACAGUCAGGCCUUCCUCUCCUGCUGCCUGCGCUGGGGCAACAGCCUGCAAGUCCUGGACCAAGCUGAGCUGCGGGCAGGCUACCCUCCUGCCGUACCCUCCAACCUAUCCUGCUUCAUGAACCUCACGACCAACAGUCUCACCUGCCAGUGGGAGCCAGGACCCGACACCCACCUGCCCACCAACUUCACCCUAAAGAGCUUCAAGAGCCGGAGCAACUGUCAGACCCAGGAGGACUCCAUCCCGGACUGCGUGCCUGAGGAUGGGCAGAGCUCCUGCUCCAUCCCCCGCAAACACCUGCUCUUGUACCAGAAUAUGGUCAUCCAAGUGCAGGCAGAGAAUGCGCUGGGGACCAGCCUGUCCCCAAAGCUGUGCCUUGAUCCCAUGGAUGUUGUGAAACUGGAGCCCCCUACACUGUGGGCCGUGGCCCCACGUCAGCCAGGCUGCCUGUGGCUACACUGGGAGCCAUGGAAGCCGAGCCUGUUCAUGGACCAGAAGUGUGAGCUGCGCCUCCGGCCACAGCGUGGAGAGGCCAACUGGACUCAGGUGGCCACGCUGCCCUCAAGCAUCCUCCAGCAUGAGCUCUGUGGGCUCCCUCCAGCCACAGCCUACGCCCUGCAGGUGCGCUGCAUCCGCUCUCACCUGCCCGGCCACUGGAGCCGCUGGAGCCCCAGCCUGGAGCUGAGAACGGAUGACAUCCCUAAACAUGGGCUCUCCUACUGUGGGAUGCAUAACCACAAUAUCAGCCCACCCCUCACCAGACUCCAAGCCACAGCCAGAGACCCUCACAGCCUCUGGGUGCACUGGGAGCCCCCCAGCCCUCAGCCUCAGGGCUAUCUGAUAGAGUGGGGCCCGGGUCCCCCCAGCCCCAGCAGCAGCAAUAAGAGCUGGAAGAUGGAAUUUGACGAGAACAUCACGGGGACCGUGCUGCAGGAGAACAUCAGGCCCUUUCAGCUCUAUGAGAUCACUGUGACGCCCCUAUACCAAGGCACCGGGGGACCCUCCAAGCAAAUCUACGCCUACUCCCAAGAGAUGGCCCCCUCCCGUGCCCCAAGGCUCCAUCUAAAGCACAUUGGCAAGACCUGGGCACAGCUGGAGUGGGUACCUGAGCCCCCUGAGCUGGGGAAGAGCCCACUCACCCACUACACCAUCUUCUGGACCAAUCUCCAGGACCAGUCCUCCUCCACCAUCCUGAAUGCCUCCUCCCGUGGCUUUGUCCUCCAUGACCUGAAACCCGCAAGUUUGUACCACGUCCACCUCAUGGCUGCCAGCCAGGCUGGGACCACCAACAGUACAGGCCUCACCCUGAUGACCUUGGCCUUAGGGGAGUCAGAGCUGUACAUCUUCCUAGGCCUGUCUGGCCUCCUGGUUUUGUCCAUCUGCCUCUGUAGAACUGCCUGGGUCUACUGCAGCCCCAGCAGGAAGAAUCCCCUCUGGCCAAGCGUGCCAGACCCAGCCCACAGCAGCCUGGGCUCCUGGGUGCCCACCAUCAUGGCAGAGGAGACCUUCCAGCUGCCCAGUCUUUGGGACCCUGGCAUGCCAACCAUCACCAAGAUCACCGUGCUGGAUGAAGAGGAGAAGAAGCCAGGGCCCUGGGAGUCCAGUGACAGCUCAGAGACCUGUGGCCUCCCCACCCUGGUCCAGGCCUAUGUGCUCCAGGGGGACCCAAGGGCAGUUUCCACACAGUCCCAGCCCCAGUCUGGCACCAGUGACCAGGUCCUUUAUGGGCAGGUGCUGGGCAGCCCCACCAGUCCAGAGCCUGGGCACUACCUCCGCUGUGACUCCACCCAGCCUCUCUUAGGGGGCCUCACCCCAAGUCCUAAGUCCUAUGAGAAUCUUUGGUUCCAGACCAGCCCCCUAGGGACCCCAGUGCCCCCACCCCAAAGCCAGGAGAACGACUGUGUCUUUGGGCCACUGGUUGACUUCCCCCUCUUGCAGGGACUCCAGGUCCAUGGGAUAGAAGAACUAGAGAGCUUUUAAGGCUCCCUGAGUCUCCCCACCUGGGCCUGCCUCUUUAAGGGCCUGGACUAUCCAGAGGAAGGGUCAAUAAAUCCAUUCAUCCCUAAAAACUACCUAGCCCCAGGAAAGGGCCCCCUGUCCCUCUCUUUCCCCCAAGUGACCAUGUCCCAGGCCACCUGCAUACUUUAAAAACCAGAUAACACUCUGUUCCCCGCCCCCCGACCCUCUAGCUUUUUGUGCUUAUUUUCUGUAAUAAUCGUCGUUUAAAUUUUUUUAUUUUUA